CUCACUUGUUUCCGAUUUUUUUUCUUCUUACAGCACUUAAUCAUCCCCUUCCCAAGUGAAAAUCGAACCACGUAGUCGGACAGCAUGUCGAAAUUUCAACGUCGUCAAUAUCCUAGUUCUCCGGCAAAUACAACGGAGAGUACACCAUUACUACCUCCUCCCCAAGGAAGUCUUUCCUCUCCCUUAUCGACAGCUGCCAAGACUGCAUCCCGAUCUGGACAGCCAACGGCGACACCCGCUACCACCAGUAUACGAGCCAAACCCAAGCAGCCCAACCGAACUACCAAAAUAUCGCAAAAGUUAAAACUGUUUCCCGAAGAUGACGAACAAAACCUUGUGUUGCCAGAAGAUAUCGACGACGCCGAUGUGUAUACACAGUUGGCGCAAAUCCCGCACGGCUCGGCAAGGAUUGAAGCUGAACGAUUAAGUAAAAUGAACCGAGAUGAACUGUCGCGAGUCACCGCUUAUUGUACUGCCUCGGCGUAUCGCAUGGAUGAUCUGCUAAAAUACCUGCAAUCGAGAAAACAGUCCAAUGGCGCCUCACCCAAGCGAUAUGACGAAUGUCUGUAUACGCCGUAUUCCUUGACAUACCCGGUUUCACCACCUCAAUAUAAACAAGGACAACAUCUAACCAAGGUCUUGCCGGAGAUGUUCUUAUUUGACUAUGGUGUCGUUGUGUUUUGGGGUAUGACAUUACAGGAAGAGCAGCGCAUCCUCAAGGAGCUGGAACCAUUUGAGGAAGAAAAAUUAGAGCUCGACGACGUAGAAACUGAAGAAUUUCAUUACUACUACAACGAGAAUUAUCAACCUCGCAUUUACAACGAUAUCAUUACUCUCCGACACCCAUCCAACUACCUUGUCAAAUUGACAAUUGCGCAUGCCAUAGCUCAAAGUGUCAAAAUGACUUUGUUCGAACGUCUUAUUGAUGAUACGAUCAACGAAACCAAAUACAUACCACAAGUCAUGGCUGAAAGUGGCAAUAUCCAUAUGUCAAGAACGGCCAUCACAAAACGAAUCGGACAACUAUUUAUUAUGCGUAUUAACGUCAACCUUGUCAGUAAUAUUCUUGAUACGCCCGAAAUCUUCUGGUCAGAACCUGCGCUGGAACCUUUAUACAGCGCGAUUCGAUCUUAUUUGGAAAUAUCUCAGCGCGUGGAAUUGCUGAAUCAACGUGUGGAGGUCAUUAGCGAUCUUUUGGAGAUGUUGAAAGAUCAUUUAAACAGCUCGCAUGGCGAACAGCUGGAAUGGAUUGUUAUCUGGUUAAUUGCCAUGGAAAUUGUUGUAGCAGUUAUUACUACUUCAUUAGAUGCUUUCAGUCUCUCACACAGCAAAUAAUGAAUUGCACAUGCAUAGAUGAAAAUUUUGAAGGAAAAAAAAACUGUCUUUUUCUGCGCUUCCA